AUGAACUACGAAGCAAUUGAAUCGAAAUUCAUCGCGACGGCAGAAAAAGGCGAGGUCUCCUCAAUACUGAUACGUCCAGACGACGCGAAAUGGCUGUUGGUGCUCGGCCACGGCGCGAGUACGACUAUGAGACAUUCAACGCUCCAGACGAUCGCCGAACGGUUAGCAGAUAUAGGAAUCGCUACAUUCCGUUAUCAGUUUCCUUACAUGGAACGUGGCGGCGGGGGUAGGGAAUCACAGGCAGUGGCUCUGGCAACCGUGCGAUCUGCUGUUGCAGCUGCACACGCGGCUGCCGGUGAUUUAUCAAUUCUCGUUGGAGGGCACUCCUAUAGCGCACGUAUGUCUUCACUCACAGCAGCAGAAGCACCGAUCGAACACGUCCGAGGUCUCGUAUUCUUCGCGUUCCCGCUACACCCUUCUGGAAAAGAGGGAACAGAACGCGCCGAGCACCUCGAUGAUGUUACUGUGCCGAUGCUGUUCCUGUCCGGCACCCGCGACAAAUUGGCGGUCCUCGACCUGUUGGUUCCAGUCUGCGAAAACCUCGGCGACAAGGCGACCUUACAUCUGCUGGACACAGCCGACCACGGGUUCAAAGUGCUCAAACGCCGUAAAACGGAAGAAGAUGUUUUCGUAGAGAUGGCACGGGUGCUCAGUGAAUGGAUUGAAACACUGAAUUGA